AUGGUCUCUUCAAUGUGGAGCUAUCUCGGCCUCGGUGAGGCCUCCAACUCUACCGUCGAGAAGGAUGCGAUGCGCGCCCUGCCAGCUUCGUGGUAUACCUCCCAGGAGAUGUUCGAGCUCGAACGCCGCGCUAUCUUUUCGAAAAAGUGGCUUCUGACUACACACAAACUCCGUCUCCCCAACGUCGGUGACUAUAUCCGCUACGAUGUCGCUGGAUACCAGUUCAUUCUUACCCUCGACCGCACAAAAAAGAUCAACGCCUUCCACAAUGUCUGUCGCCACCGUGCCUUUCCAGUCGUCACGGAGGAACAGGGCUCGGCUAGGAUCUUCUCCUGCAAAUACCACGGCUGGUCGUAUGGGUUGAACGGUAACCUUGCCAAGGCACCUGGAUACCAGGAUCUGGAUGGGUUCGACAAGAGCAAGAACGGUCUUCUCCCCAUCCACGUGCACAUCGAUGUCAAUGGAUUUAUCUGGGUGAACCUUGACGCAGGCGAGAAGCCAGAGAUUGCAUGGGAAGAUGAAUUCAAGGGUAUCGAUUUGCAGCCUCGAUUCAAGGACUUCAACUCUGAGAACUUCGAGUUCGACCACACCUGGGAAAUGGAGGGCGGGUAUAACUGGAAGAUUCUGGCAGACAACUACAGCAGGACGACACACCCGGAUGUUCCUUCGUUGGUGGAUGCCAGCACCAUCGAUGCUCACUCCAAGCCGGACCAGGUUGCGGCUGGGUUGAAGAAUGCCAGUACCUACUACUUCCCUAAUGCAUCCAUGACUGUCUUACCACACUUCUUCUUCCUGCAGCGCCUCGUUUCCACCUCCCCCACCACCUCCAUCAUGAAGUACGAAGUCUACCGCCACAAAGAAUCAAAGAACGAAGACUUUGAACUCAUCAAGUCAACAUACAAACGCAUCAUGUCGGAGGACAAAGACCACUGUGAGCUCACCCAGAAGAACCUCAACGCUGGCGAGCUGCACCCCGAAAUGGAAAAAGGACCCCUCUACUUCCAGAAAGUCGUUCGGGACGCCGUCACAGAACACAGCCAACGCGAAGAAAAAGCCAAGGAGGAGAUCUGGCCAGCCAGACAGAGUCUGCCCAAGACUGCAGAUGCAAAGACGAGUGCGAAGGAUAUGCAGUUCUGCUCGAGUCUGCCGUCUUGUGGCGCGGGGAGUGAGUGUUGCUCGAAUCUGGGGGCACCAGCGGCGGCGACGGCUUGGUAG